AUGGCUCAGAAACAGUUCGAAAGUCAGGCCCAAGCCGCUCUUGAGCUACAAUCCCAAAUCACCACUGCUGUUGGCCGGCUCAAUUUCCCCGGCGGGCUUGGUUCUAGCAGUGCCGAGGUCGCCAAAGGGAUCAAUCAGAAGAUUGACGCCAAAGCUUUUCACAAGCAUAACCAGUCGGGCAUUGUUGAGGCCCACGCUUAUUUCGUUGCCACUAAAAGCGAUGGCAAGCAAGCAUUCGAGCUGAAAGUCAUCUGGGAUGCUGACAAUCCGCCUGUGGGCAAGACCCAAACGGCGCACUUCGGGUGGGAGAUAUACCUCGACGGAAAGAGAGUUGCUGGACCGGGACAUGUGUUUUUUGCACCAGAUGUCAUCUUGCCGAACUACCGAAACAACAAAAGAGACCAAGUUGAGGUGGCAUCUCUCAGAUUGAGCAAGAGCGGCGGUAUUGGGACGGGGCAAAUGCAGAGCACCACCAACUACUAUCGGCUCGAAUGA